AUGAUGCUGGGUGCUCUGCUGGCUGUAGUGUUCUUCUCACCAGAAGAGACCAAUAUAGUCGGCGAAACGAUGUGUCCUUCACGAAAUGCCCCGCAAAAGGAAUUCGUUGAUGUGAGCGAGCACUGGACCGUACAUCUGGAUAAUAUGCCGUCACCGCCUCCUAAUCAGGAUGCGACACCAAAGGUGGUUCGUGCUAGAUUUGCUGCCACUGAACUCGGAAUAAGGGAGCGACUUAUGGUUGGAGUGUUGGCGGAGUCGUCGUUGGCGGUCGCGAUGAAUGCAUCGCUAGGCAGACAUGUGCCGAGAAUCCAUGUUUUCGCCGACGCUAGUCGUAUAGAUACUGAUUUGGCGCAGCUGACGAACCUUAGCCCAUACAAGCCGAAUGGUCAAAAAUCGCACGUCUUCGUACUGGGACUAAUAUUCAACUUGACGUUCCAUGAGAAUUUCGACUGGUUCUUGCUUGUUCGAGAUUCAACAUACAUCAAUCCGUUUGAACUGAAUCGUUUCAUCAAUAGUGUGAGUGAUUAUCGUUCGCUAGAAAUAUCGCUAGAAAUCAUCCAUAUUGAGGUCAAGUUUACAACGGUGUGGCAUGUACUGAUUGGUGCACAGACGGCUCAGAAGUUGUUCCAGGUUUCUACAUGGGAGUUCUUCACACUGAAGGAUAUUUUCCGCAGUGAACCCAAUCAGAACGUUCGUCCAUUAGAAGGGAAAGAUCGUGAUGAUGUACUGGAGGUGGUUGCCGCUGCGAGACAACAUGUGGAGUCGGAAGAACCUGAUCUGGAAUUUCUUCAAGUUCGGAAUGGUUACAGGUUGUUCGACCCUCAGCGUGGUAUGGAUUAUAUGGUCGAUUUGGUUUAUAAGAACAGUGCGACCCAAGUUACCGUAGAGCGUCGUGUCCACCUGUGCCGUAUGGUUGCUGGCACACAACUUAUGAAUCAGGCGAGACAUUUUGAAAAUUUCACAGAACUCCAUUUUAGCUUUUUUCCUAGGCCUAAUAUCAUAGGUUUUCCUGCGACCGUUCCAUAUGUAAAGGAGGAUACGGACAUGACGAUCGUUGUACCAGUAAGUGAAGAGUCAGAAGUGCUGCCAGCACGACGACUUUUGGCGAGGCAUGCAAGGCUUUGCACCGCACCAGCUGAAGAAACAAGGAAGACCCGUGUUGUUGUCGCACUUUUACCCGGAAUUGAUCCACGAUCGGCUACUAAUAUCGCUAAUGAUUUGGAGGAGUUGAAGAGAAGAUGCAAACGUUCUGGAUUGGAGUCGGACAUGUUGCAGUUGCAAGAUUCUUCUGGUGAAAAAGCUCCACGUGAAGGCAAAUCAGCAGAUGUGCGUGGUGGAAGCGCUGCUCUCGAUGAAGCCAUUGAUCGAUAUGGAAGUGGAUCGAUAUUCCUCCUGCUGUCGCCACACGCCGAUGUGCAAAAAGAAUUUCUUGACCGUGCGCGUAUCAACACAAUAAAACAUUAUCAGGUGUUCUUCCCUAUUCCAUUCGUAGAGUACCAUCCGACAAUAUCAGGAAUGGACGUAGAAGAACAUGAAGUACCAGCAGAUCAAAAGGAAGCUCGCGACGCGGCGUUGGCUCGGUUGCGUGACUCAUCACCACCAAGACGGAAACGUCCAUUGAUUGUUCAGAAGGACCAUGGCCGCUUCGAUUCACUCGAUUUCUCUUGCAUGGCUGUCUAUGGGUCAGACUACGUGGUAAUGCGGCCGAAAUUAGCAGGAAAGCGACUGGAUUUGAUCACAGCAUUCUUAAAUCAAGAUGAAGUUCACAUACUUCGUGCAGUAGAGCCGACGUUGAGAAUCAGAUAUCAUCAGACGACGUGCGACUCGGAUUUAGUUGAAGAAGACUAUUCGAGGUGUAUGGCAAGCAAACGCGAGAAUAUUGCUGCUAAAGAUCAGCUUGCUAGACUUCUCUUCCAUGAAGAGUAG